AUGUUCUGGGAGAUGAUCCUGCAAGAUAUCCAGCAAUUCAUUAUCAUUGUGGAAGCGCCUGGAGCAACAUACAACGAAAAUGACAAGCUGGUCUUGUUGCGACUGCUCGAACGAGCCGAGACACAAUUUCAUAGGACAACAGCAUCGUGGGCACAGCUUGCGAACCCCCAAGCACCUGGAUCACAGCCAUCUUUACAAGGUAGCAUCAGGCGCUGCAUAGUGCCAGCACCCACAGAGUACCUGAGCGAAGGGCUGGAAGCAUCGAAGACAAAACUCGUCAACAUCGAUGGGCGACAGCUGUGUAUGCGGAAACAACAUUUCGACGAAUCGUACCUGGAUCGCAAAAGCACCGCGCGGAGUCGACGGAGACGGAUGAGACGGAGAGGGAUGAUCAACUCACCGGGUCAUGCUGCUCAAAGACCUAAUCCUCUUUCGCAUUUCAUCACCGCAGAAGAUGUGCAAUAUCCAGCCUUCACCCAACAGGAGGCACGUUGGACAUUGGCAACACUGGGCAAAACCCCAGCAUAUGUCUGUCUUUCAGCCUUCAUGGUGUCUGUCACAGCGAAAUAUAACUGGGAAGGGAUAUCCCACAACCACGCUCUGUCAAUCCUUAAACAGCUCCAGGAGAGAAAAGACCUGCUUGUGCGCCAAGAUGCGGGAUCCGAGAAGACCACAGUAGAGAGGAGAGUGCAGUGUCUCAAGGCGGUGUUGGAGAAAAUGGCAAAGGAGUACGAUCUGGAUCGCAAGGCGUUUACUCAAGGCAUCAGCGUCGGAACGGGUAUGGCCGAUCUAGGGAAGCUGAGCAGGAUGGCCAUCCCAGGGCAGCAGGAUGUCAAAGUGGUGCAAGAGUUGGUAGCAGAAUUGUUGCAUGGGAGGAGCUAG